AUGGAUCGAUUUUCUUUGUGUACAUUGUUGGCGUUGCUGCUACCAGUGAAAUGUUUAUAUGCUGGCGACAGUUGCAUCGCAGAUGAUCAGCCAGGCACAUGUUCCCGUCUCUCUGAGUGUAAGCCGCUAAUGGACGAGAUCAGGAGGGCUGGAAAUCCAAUGCCAAUUCACCUUAGAAUGAAAUUAAUUGAUCUAUCUUGUGGAUUCGAAUCAGAGGAACCUGUGGUCUGCUGCACUGCAUCAUCCGGCAAUCCGAGCGUAGUUACUCCAGAUCCUGUGGCCACUGCUGCCACCAGUGUUACCAUGGACGUCACUUCUGACUCAUCUGUUAGCAAACAGCCAAAUGAUGAUGGAGAUGCCAACGCCGAAAGCCGUUUGGGGUUGCCUAAUGUACAGAACCAUCCGAAUUUGCGUCUUUUACCCACAACAAACUGUGGCAUUUAUGACAGCGAUCGAGUAUUCGGAGGCAACAGGACACGUCUGUAUGAAAUGCCAUGGAUGGUUCUACUGGCAUAUGACUCACCGCGAGGAAGAAAAUUGAGCUGCGGUGGUACUUUGAUUAGUGAAUGGUAUGUGCUGACUGCGGCACAUUGCGUUUCAUUCUUAGGCGAACGCCUGAAAUUCAAGGGAGUGGUGCUAGGCGAAUAUGACGUAAGGAAAGACCCUGAUUGCGAGCGUAUCGAAGAGCAACAAUUUUGUGCACCAAGCGUCAGAAACGUGUCUGUGGAAACAGUAGUCGCUCAUAAGGGAUACAGCCCUCAGACUUUAGUCGAUGACAUCGCACUAUUAAGACUUUCAGAACCAGCUGACUUCAAUUUGGAAAGUAUGAGCCCCGUAUGUCUUCCAUUCACGUCAAAACUUCAAACUGAAGACUUGGUUGGGCGUUCAGGCAUCGUUGCUGGUUGGGGAGCAACGGAAGAUGGAUUGCAAUCUCCAGUUCUUCUGAGUGUAGAUUUGCCAAUAGUGGGAAACAAGGAAUGUCAGGAUGCUUACAAUGGUAACCCUCGCAUAUACGAUCGUCAAUUAUGCGCUGGCGGCAUUCAAGACAAGGAUUCCUGCGGUGGCGAUUCUGGUGGCCCUCUAAUGUACCCUGGAAGUGUGGGACUUAAGGGAGCGCGGUACGUCCAGAGGGGCAUCGUGUCAUACGGGUCAAAGAGAUGCGGCUUAGGAGGUUUACCUGGAGUCUACACAAGGCUCGCCUACUAUAUGGAUUGGAUAUUAGACAAUAUGCACGACUAA